AUUUUUAGCGAACUUCACGCUAAAAACAAAUCUUGAGGGAUAUUCGCCGAUUCUGCGUGAUUAUGUCCACCGGUGUUCCGGAAGCCAUGGUAAUGCUGGAGGCCUUACGGGUGACAGAACUUCGCUCUCUGCUCUCUCAGAUGGGCAAGAGUAAAAGUGGCCUGAAGAAAGACCUUCUAAAGAGAGUGACGGAUCUGCUGCAGAACGAGUGCUCACCUGAGAUGCUGUUAGCUGUCAGAGAACUCCACAAACUCCGACAGGUUUCUAAAAAUGCCCGGCGGAGCUCAAACCCCAGUCGAAUUACACCCAAUCCUGUAGAGAUGAUCUCCAUGCCAGAGGAUGUCUCUCCUGGCAAGCCUGAAACACCGGUCCCCAUCUCUACAGAACAGCAGAUGAUGAAACUGCCCUUCUGCCAAACACUGGACACCAUUCUGCCCCCUACACCACUAGAGCCCACAUUUGGAGGAACCAUACAGACCUCUAAUUUCAAAUUUCAUCUCAGUGCAAGUCAACAGGCACAGAUCCAGAGGAGCUGCCAGUGAGUUUCUAUUGAUGUGUCUCUCAGGAUUUGCUACACUGAGAGCAUCGGCCUGGAAGAAGAUCAGUAUCCGCCACAGAUUGGCGUUUCCGUUAAUCACACGAACUGUCCUGUACAGUGUUCGUAUUCAUCCAAUAAAGUGUGGACGGAACCAUCUCGUCCGUGUCGUCCCAUCGACAUCACACCAUGUUUGUACCUCUCAUUCACGAAUCAGCUCUCGGUGGAUUGGGGAAACAUCUGCAAGCGUUACAGUGCUGCUGUGUAUCUGGUGAGGAUGGUUUCCUCUCAGGAGUUGUUGAUGCAGCUGCGCAGUUCAGCGGUGGAGCAGCUGCAGGUCUGCAGACAGCGAGUUUAUGAGAAACUGCGCUCUGAUCCAGAAAAUGAAAUUGCUACAACAGGGCUACAAGUAUCACUUUUAUGUCCGCUUGCAAAGCUGCGUAUGUCCAUUCCUUGUCGAGCGAGAGGCUGUGCCCACCUGCAGUGCUUUGAUGCUUUCUUCUAUCUUCAAAUGAACGAGAGGAAGCCCAGGUGGACGUGCCCAGUGUGUCAUCAUCACGCCCCCUUCGAGGCGCUCUGUAUUGACAGUUUACUGUGUGAAGUUCUCGAGAGCGCCGGUGAAGAUGAGGAAGAGAUUGAGUUUCUGUCUGAUAGCAGCUGGAGCGCUGUGAGACGAGACAAAAGUGACAAAAACAACAAAUCUGUCCUUUAUCCCAUCCGUCACAAGAGGAAUCCAUCACAGCCGGACUGCAGCGUUGUGGAUUUGACUCAGUGUUCCUCUGACGACGAACAUUUCGAGAAAGAGGAGAUGAUCUCAACACAUUUAGAGGAAAAGAGUGUGCAUUUCAGAAAGUCCAGUGUGGUUAAAACGUCUCGACGCAAAAGCAAGACCAAAACUACGAACUGACUGGCAGAUGUUUUAAGAUGAUAUAUGAUGUUUAUCCAUUUUUUAAAUAAACAUUAAACACGUUUUUCAGACAUUAGUUUAGCCGCAUUGCAUCGUGCAUUUUUUUUUUGUUCGAUUUUAAGGCUGAAUGGCAAACGAACGUCCUGUUUUGUAUUGUAAGUAUGCUGCAUUUGUAUUUUGUCAAAUGUAAUUGUGGUGGCAAUAAAGGUUUAUUUUA